CUAGCAAACUUGCACGGUUGUAAACGUUCGCUUCGGCACAAAUGAGAAUCAUGUCGCCAUUUGCCUAAAGAUCAAGACUGUUGAAUCUUAAUCGGGAUGGAUUGUACGUGAUAGCUCCUUCUUUUUGGAGACGCUUUUCCAUUUGCUCACACUACGACAUGUUUUCAUGAAGCGAGGUUUUCACAAUAUGGACUCGUUAUGAUCGGACUCGUCCACGGUUCAAAGCCCAACCGUCAUGCAACGGGGGCUAUGCUUGACGACAAAUGUGACGUUGCCGUUGAAAGAAGAGUACAAAGUGGAAUUGGCGUAAAGAUUUUGAAGAAAAUGUGCAGCAUCGGAGAAGGAGAGAGACCUCUCGUGGCCAAGCGGCCACCUUCACGUGCUCCGGGUGACUUUUGGGCUUGCUUGCUGGGCUGCGAGGCGGUUCUGUCCAGCAUGGCCCUGAUGCAAGCCAACAACAUUCCAGGUCAAAAAAAGAUGAUGUCAUCUUUGGGUCACGGCCACCGGGGAACUUCCGAGAGCCACCAAAGCCAUUCGCACCACGGCCACCACGGACACCAAGGUCAUCAUUCGCAAGCCAACAGCCACAUGGCCCAUUUGUCCGCAGGGAGCUGCCCGCCCCUGCUGAUCCAAAAGGACGGCGAUUACCACACGUCGAGAAUAUUGGAUGGGAAAAGCAUGCAUACUGGCCAAAGUAUGCACGUCAAGAAAAAGCACAAAAAAUCUGUUAAGGUGAAGGAGGAAGUGCGGCCUUUAUUGCAGCAGCUCAACAUGGACGACGACGACGACGACGACGACUCCGGUCUGAAAGUCCAGAAGAACUUCAUCUGCGAUCACUGCUACGGCGCUUUCCGGAGCAGCUACCACCUCAAGCGGCACAUACUCACACACACGGGGGAGAAGCCUUACGCCUGCGACAGCUGCGAGAUGCGCUUCAUUCAGCGGUACCACCUGGACCGACACAAGCGGGUGCACAGCGGCGAGAAGCCGUACCAGUGCGAUCGCUGCAAUCAGACCUUCUCGCGGACCGACAGGCUGCUGAGGCACCGGCGCUUGUGCACCGCCGUCAUGGGCAAAGACGACAACCAGUCGUGUUGCGACAGUCGCUCGUCGGCGUACUCGCAGGGCACGUCGGGCCACACGGCUUCCUGGAGCCCCUUACAGUCCUCCAACGGCCGCCUGACCGUCUGACCCCGGAAGCUCAACGCGGCCUAGAUUAUACAACUAGCUAAAACGAGCAGAUUGAAGUUAGUCGGAUCGUGGAUUUUUGUACCUUUUUAUCUUCGUUGUUGAAAUCCGAGCCGUCGAGGCGCGGCGGCGGACGGAUGAUGCGCACUCGCGCUCGAGACUUUAACGGCGCCGCUGCCGCGGGAUACGCUUGACAGUCUUUGACGGGCCCGCCGAGCCCGGAAAUCAAACCCUUCUUCUCCACUUGGACUUUUGGAUUUGUGUCCGGGUCACGAGACGCCCCCCCCCCCCCCCCCCCCCACCGUUAACCUCGCGCUAGUGAUUAGCAGUCCAUGUAAUACUUUAGUUUUUGUCUUGUCAAUGAAAAUCGGUGGACUUUAAGGAAGUUGUUACCAUAAGAUAUUCCACACAUUAAAAACAACAAUUCCAAUGUUAUACGUGAAAGGCUCGUCGUCGAAAUCCAAAUGUGCGGUUCGUCCUCUUUUCUUUUUUUUGUUUUGUUUUAACUUUUAGUCAUUCUGCUCCGGUUCAGGUUGCGGACGGCCGGAUCCGUCUUGUCUUGUUUUGUUUUUAGAACGAUGUCCUUCGAGGGACGUGGGCGUGGCCUCCGACUGUCCGAGUUGGAUCGGUUAGCUUUUGGUUUUUGCGUGAGGGCGGGAAGCGGACUGAAUGUGAAGACGGCGAGCUGCGCCCGUCACGUCUAUUUUGUUGAUCUACUUUUUAAAAAAUGAUAAUAUCCAUCAGUACAUUGUGUUGAGAUUUGCGUUCGGACACUGGACUGAAGCAACGUGUUCAGUUCUAGGACGCACUUUUUCUUUCUUUUUUUUUUUUUUUUGCGUUUUCUAUCUUGACAAGUUGUUUUUUCCCCCUGCCCUUGUUAGAAACAUCUUGGUGUACUUAGACCGCCGUCCUGCCGUCUGCCGGCGGUACCUCGACUCUCGAGCAUCUGUGGUUACGUAAGGCCUCCUCGGAAAAAUAUUGUCUCUAGUUACCGAGGAAAAUUCCGGAUACGAAAGGCAAAAAUAGGCACUGGACUCGCAACCCCCCAAACAUCCCGGAUCUUGGUUUGAAAGUGGGCCGAUAGAGCCGCACUCCCAUUGGCUGUCGCCGUAGCGUCUUCCCGGCAUCCCAUUGGCUAGGAGGGACGUCAACCUUUACCCACGAUGCAUUUCGUUUCCCUCACCGAAUCGCCAUUUGGCGAAGUGCAACCUUUUCACAAGUUUUUCAUUUGUGUUUCUUCAUCUUUCUUCUCAAGAAACGUGAGCGGAAUGAAGUCGUGUGCACGCGUCUGUUCGUUUUUCUCUC